GUUCAGGUUCGACGGUAACUUCAACACCAACGUGUCCAAGACCAUCUGCUGUGACAGGCUGUCCCCCACGGUCAACAGCCGAGCCUUCAACCCUGGACGGGACCUCAACUCAGUGUUGGCAGAUAACCUGAAGUCCAACCCGGGCAUCAAGUGGCAGUACUUCAGCUCAGAGGAGGGCAUCUUCACCGUGUUCCCCGCCCACAAGUUCCACUGCAAGGGCAACUACGAGCACCGCAGCAGGCCAGUGUACGUGUCGGCGGUGCGGCCCCAAUCGAAACACAUUGUGGUGAUCAUCGAUCACGGCGUGACCAUUACAGACACGCAGCUCCAGAUCGCCAGAGACGCUGCGCUCGUCGUCCUCAGCUCCGUAGACGAACAUGACAAGGUCUCGAUCCUGUCCUCAGCGGAGGUGGUGCGGUCCUGUUCUCUGGACCCGUGCUAUAAGAGCUACCUGUCUCCUGCCACCAGCGAGACCAAGAGGAAGAUGAGCACCUUCGUCAACAACCUCAAGGCUUCCGACAGCCCUACCCUGCACGCACUGGGCUUCCAAAAGGCCUUCCAGCUGCUCCGGAACACCAGCAACAUCACCCGCCAACUCACCAAUACGGACAUGGUGAUCAUCUACCUGUCGUCUGGCAUCACGUCCCGAGAUGCUUCGGAGCACGAGAAGAGGGACACCCUGCGCGUGGUCAAAGAGGAGAACCGCCACCUCAACAACUCAGUCAUGAUCCUCACCUACGCCCUCAUGAACGAGGGUGUGACCGGUCUGAAGGAGCUMGCGUUCCUGCGCGACCUGGCGGAGCAGAACUCGCUGAAGUACGGCGUGCCCGACCGCUCGGCGCUGCCGGUGGUGAAGGGGAGCAUGAUGGUCCUGAACCAGCUCAGUAACCUGGAGACCACCGUGGGACGCUUCUACAUCAACCUGCCCAACCGCAUGAUCGACCUGGCCCGCUUCAGCCUGUCCUACCAGGACGCCAUGGGAGACGGUUUCAUCAUGACGGCGAGCCGGCCAUGUUACUUUGGCAACCUGUUGCUAGGCGUGGUGGGAGUAGACGUGAACCUGGCCUACAUUCUCGAGGACGUCACCUACCACCAGGAUUCCUUGGCCUCCUACACCUUCCUCAUAGACAACAAAGGUUACACCCUGAUGCACCCGUCCCUCACACGGCCCUACCUGAUGACCGAGCCUCCGCUGCACACUGACAUCAUCCACUAUGAAAACAUCCCAGGGUUCCCCGUAGUACGGGACAACAUACUCCGUCUGCCGCUGGGCAGUCAGGUGAUAGCUGUGCCAACCAACUCCUCUCUGUCCUGGCACACCAACCGGCUACGAGACCCCAGCAGGGAGGCCUACAACGUCAGCUACGCAUGGAAACUGGUCCAGGACACAUCGUUCAUCCUGUGCAUAGUGUACGUCCAGCCAGAGAUCCCAGUGAAACACCUGAAGAACCUGAACACUGCUCCCAGCUCCAAGCUGCUCUAUCACCGYCUGGACCUGCUGGGACAGCCCUCCUCCUGUCUGCACUUCAAACAGCUGGCCACCGUCGAGAGCCCUACGGUGAUGCUGUCUGCAGGGAGUUUCUCCUCUCCCUACGAGCACCUCAGUCAGCCAGAGACCAAACGCAUGGUGGAACACUACACAGCCUACCUCAGUGACAACACACGCCUCAUAGCCAACCCUGGCCUUAAGUCGUCGGUCAGGAACGAGGUGAUGGCGACCAGUCACGUCACAGAUGAAUGGAUGACACUCAUGGAGAUGAGUAGCCUCAACUGCUACAUUGUGCGCCGUUACAUAGCAACGCCCAAUGGGGUGCUGCGGAUUUACCCCGGCUCGCUAAUGGACAAAGCCUUCGACCCAACCCGGAGACAAUGGUACCAGCACGCUGUAGCCAAUCCAGGCCUCAUCACCUUCACUGGGCCUUACCUGGAUGUGGGCGGGGCUGGCUACGUGGUCACCAUCAGCCACACCAUCCACGCCUCAAGUUCUCAGAUGGCCUCAGGGUAUGCGGUAGCCGUGAUGGGCAUAGACUUCACCCUGCGUUACUUGUACAAGGUUCUGCUGGACCUGCUACCCAUCUGCAACCAGGACAAGGGCAACAAGAUCCGGUGUUUCAUCAUGGAGGACAGGGGUUACYUGGUGGCCCACCCCACCCUCAUCGACCCGAAAGGCCACGCCCCCGCCGAACAGCAGCACAUCACCCACAAGGAACCGCUGGUGGCCAACGACAUCUUGAACCACCCCAACUUUGUCAAGAAGAACCUCUGCAACAGCUUCAGUGAUCGUACAGUCCAGCGCUUCUACAAGUUCAACAGCAGUAUCAUUGGUGACCUGACCAACCUCGUCCACGGGAGCCACUGCUCCAAGUACCGUCUGACCCGUAUCCCAGGGACCAACGCUUUCGCCGGCAUCGUCAACGAGACGUGCGAUUCGCUGGCUUUCUGUGCCUGCAGCACCGUGGACCGCCUCUGUCUCAACUGUCACAGGAUGGAGCAGAAUGAGUGUGAGUGUCCAUGUGAGUGCCCCCUGGAGGUCAAUGAAUGUACUGGCAACCUUAGCUACGCUGAAAACAGGAAUCCAAGCUGCGAGGUGCACCAGGAGCCCCUGUCUCUGACGGUGAUGGACUCCAGUCUGCAGGACACCCUGCCCCAGUGCAUCAACACCCGCUGCAGCCAGCGCUUCACCAGCAGUGACUGUUUUGGCGUGCUGGACUGUGAGUGGUGCAUGGUGGACAGUGAUGGGAAGACCCACCUGGAGAAGCCUUACUGUGCCUUGCAGAAAGAGUGCUUCGGGGGCAUCGUGGGGGCCAAGAGCCCUUACAUGGACAGCAUGGGGAUGCUGGAUGAAGAGGUGGUGUCUCUGAACAUGAUGAAGAGUGCCCCGGUUGGGCCGGUUGCCGGGGGUAUUAUGGGCUGUAUCAUGGUGCUGGUGUUGGCUGUCUACGCCUACAGACACCAGAUCCACCGACGCUCACAUCAACACAUGUCCCCUCUGGCUGCACAGGAGAUGUCCGUCAGGAUGUCUAACCUGGAUAAUGAGAGAGACGAGCGAGACGAGGACAGCCACGAAGACAGGGGGAUCAUCAGUAACACCCGGUUCAUCGCGGCGGUCAUCGAGAGACACACCCACAGCCCUGAACGCAGGAGGMGGUACUGGGGACGGUCAGGGACGGAGAGUGACCACGGCUACAGCACCAUGAGUCCUCAGGAGGACAGCGAGAACCCUCCCUGCAACAACGACCCCCUGUCGGCCGGCGUGGAUGUGGGUAACCACGACGACGACCUGGACCUGGACACGCCCCCUCAGACGGCGGCGCUUCUCAGCCACAAGUUCCACCCGUACCGCCACCCCCCUUACCAUCACCCGCUCCACACGCACCGCCUGCAGGCGGCCGUCACCGUGCACAGUGUGGACGCAGAGUGCUGAUCCUAAACCUCCAUUCCCCUCCCUUCCCCCCAGGCCUUGGCUCUCCUCCACCCCCACCGGCCCUCUUCCUCGACCUGGCUACGCCUCGCUACAUUGGUGGGGCCCCUGACAUGCAACGCUACCACUACCGUCACCUCCAGACUCCACCACCAUGUAGGCUCCCACUGGGCCCAGCCAGGGUGAGGGGAGGUGGGCUGAGAGAGAAUAUGAGCAGACCCCCCCCCCCUCUCCCGCUGGAAGUUUCCUUGGAAGAUCAUACACUGUAGGAGGAACACUAGCCUCUGUAGCCCAGCAGAGCUCCACUCAGAACGGGGGGGGGGGGGGGGGAUGAGACGCAGCUGCUGGCCUUAUUCUAAAAGGGUCUGAACUUGUUUAAAAGUGUCAACAAAGGAUCUACCAUGUUUAAGAAGACAACAAUU